AUGUGUUAUGACGACGGUAUUGACGACGAUGACAUGGCUCAACUGCUCGAUGAUCUCAGUCACAACAGUGAAUUGACUUCUAGUAAAGGGGCCGAAGAUAAGCAAACCUCUGGAAAUAAUGUUGACCAGAGCCCUUCUAGUGCACUAGAAAAGGUUGAUUCCCCUACGGCGUCUAUCGAUGAUUUGGAUGACAAAGACGCUCAGUCUGAUAUUGAUAUGGACGAAUUGGCUUUGUUGGAAGGAUUAGGCGAUACUGACUUGAAUGGUAGCACUAGUAUCCAUAGCAACGAUGAGGGGUUGAAUGGUGUUGACGAUGCGGAACGGGGCUCGGUGAUUGCGUCCGAGGAAAUACCAAAUGUCGCGGUUCAUGGUAAUGAAACAGCGUCUGAAAGUUUAAAAGUUGAUGAUCUUGCCGCGCUUGCUAAAGUAGAAUCGAGCAAAUGUAGGCCCAGAAGCAAGCAACAGGGCUUACUCGAUACCAAAGAGAGUGAGGGCGUGGAUGAUAUGCCAGAGAUUGAAGAUAAGAAGCCCGAGCAUAUUUUUAAGGAAGACUUUGAGCGCAUACGUGUGAAUCAUGAGAGAAAGGUGAAGAAAUGUGAGGCAGAGAUACGGUUGGUCAAAGAUAAGCUGGCUGGAUACCAUGCGGACUUCAUUGAACAGUGCAAGAACUAUGGACAACCACUGCUGCGAGAGGGUGUGUCCGAGGCAGAUAAGGCUGCCCCUGUGGAAAAGCCGAUAGUCAGAUAUACGGCUCCAACCAGCAACAACUUGUCUUUCAGUAAGAGUUCCCGUCGCAGCGCGAUGACUCGCGAUGAAGAGGAACGCGCAGCAAAAGAAAGGGCCGAAUUACAGGCCGAGACCCGGAACAAAAGAGUCGAGACCGAGCUGUAUACAGGCUUGAGUAUCACCCAGCGUCGGAUCUCCGUAGAAUGGCUCCAGAAGAACCUGAACAACAGGCAGGUCAAGCGCAUCACCGGUCUAAGCAGAUACUUCGCAGGCACUCGGCACGCCACGGAGGACUUUGUUGUAAUGGGCGUGCUCGAACAGAUGCGCACCACUAAAGAUGGUAAUAAAGAGUUCUGGAGCUUAACGGACCUUAAGGGAGAGAGCCAAAGCUUCCUGCUCAAGAUAGAGGUGGCCAAGGAGUUAAAGGCAGAUGAGUUCAAAAGAGGGAGUUUAGUUGCCAUUCUGAAUCCAGCUGUCAUGAAAAAAAGCGGAGAUUUCAAGUCGCAACUGGUGGUUGUCAAUGAGAAAGAUCAGAUAAUCAACAUGGGGGACUGCCCGGAUUUUGCGAUUUGCAAAUCUAAGAAGAAGGACGGAAAAAAAUGUACCAUGGCGGUCAACAUAUCGAGGAGUGCCUACUGUAAAUCUCAUCUAACGACAGGGCUCAAGGAGAAUUCGGCAAAACGAGCCCUUACAAAUGCACAGCAAACAAAUACACGUCUAGUCAACGUGAAUACGGUAACCAAGACGAUGAAAUCCCUGACGAACGGAGUGCCUCAACAAUCUGGGGCAGAAAAGCUCUCUGCCGUCGUGCAAGCAUCGGAGAAUGCAUCACUGAGCUACAUCAAACCUAGGCAAACUACAUCUGUGUCUGCUUCCAAAGGAAUUGAUUUGAAUUCCUCCGCUGUCAAUAAGCUACGAGGAGCGUCACAGUUCCAAAAAGUCGGUGUAGUCAGAAACACACCCACAUAUGAUCCAAGUCGUGAUAGAGGUGAUAAGAGGGCAGAAACAGCAAGCAAGAAGCUUCAAAAAGGCGGAUUUAUGCAAUGCCCGGUGUCGGAGAAGAGUGGCCGUGAUUUCCUGAUCGAAGCGGAGCGUAAAAAGGCAGGCUAUUGUGCUCACUAUUUACUGGCCCAGAAUAUACGAACCAUGCUGGCGAAGAGAACCGCUCUGAUUAAGUCUAAGAUUAAAGCCUUUGAUCCCAACCAAUGCCCGCCUGUGGACGAGGAUGUACUUGCGGCGAAUCUGAGGAGAAUGGAUGAGAAGGAGGCCGAAGCCAAAAGCUUGAAUAAGCGGAAGAAGGACAGUGCUGAUGAAGCCAAACCACGUAAGAAAAUAUUAAGGAGGGGUUUAGAGGGCGAGUCGAAGCCUGCCGAAAAACCCAAAUUUGGUCAACUGGCACGCGGCAAAUUAGAUGAACUCAUCAAAAAGGAGGCGAUCAAUCAAAAGCUUCAUGAACUGGAGGAGAAAGAGUUAGAAAAUGAAAGAGACGAGAUUCUGAUCAGAAAGGAGCAGAUUUACGAUGUGAUGGCAUCAACCAAGGAAAACACUCGAACCUGUCAGUACUGCGAGGAUUGCGACAUAUACUUCUAUACCAAAGAAGCCCUGUGUCUCCAAAAGGGCCACACAUUCAAAGUGAAGAAAGACUGUGUGGUCCGAUACUUCAAGUGUAAUGGAUGUAAGAAGAAGAUCCAGACUAUCAACAGAAAAAUCCCGGAUCGUUGCAAAUGUACAAGCUUGACUAGGAUGGGCAUGAUAGAUGAAAAGAAAGUGAAGCCGGGAGAAGAAUUCCUGGCUAGAGGAGAAGAACAUGGCAUCGUGCUCGGAAGCAAACCAGUGCCCGCCGGUGUAAAUACGUAA